AUGUGUAGAGGAAAAUCAUUAGUUAUUGCCGUGGCUUUAUCAUGUCUUGUGCUUCUGAGCCUGGGAGGGCAAUGCUAUGGCCAAUUGCAGCAGGGAUUCUACAGGGGAAAAUGUAUAAGCAAUAAUGAUUUGGAUUUUUUUGGUCGGACUUCUUUUAAAGAGGAGGACGUUGAGAAAAUUGUGGAGCAAGAAGUUUCUAGAGAAUUCUUCAAUGACCCGAAACUUGCCGCUGCUCUCCUUCGUUUGCUGUUCCACGAUUGCUUUGUUGAGGGAUGUGACGCCUCGAUUCUACUGGACGGUACCGGCAGCGAGAAAGAAGCUGGAGCAAAUCAAAGCGUGCGAGGUUAUGAUGUUAUUGAGCGGAUCAAAAAGGUUUUGGAGAGAAUUUGCCCUGGAGUUGUCUCCUGUGCUGAUAUCAUUGCUUUGGCUACUAGAGAUGCCGUAGCCUUGGCCAGCAGGGAAAAACUGAGGUCCCCUGUAAAGACGGGAAGAAAGGAUGGCUUUGUAUCUCUUGCUAGUAAUGUCGACUUGCCAUCUUCUACAAUAUCAGUGUCCCAAUCCAUUGACAAAUUCAAGCUGAAGGGACUCAGUGAAACUGAAAUGGUUCUUCUUCUUGGAGCUCACACUGUUGGAAUGACACAUUGCGGUUUCUUCCAAGAUCGUCUGUACAGAGCUGAUGAACCAAUGGAUGCAGAUCUUAGAAGAGCUUUGCAGGCAAGGUGUCCUCAAGAUGGGAGUGGCAGCAACAACCCCGUUGCUCUUGAUCAAGGAACUCCAAUGGCCGUCGACAAGUCCUACUUCGACCAAAUCUCAACCAAAAGAGGAAUUCUUCAGAUCGACCAAGAUUUAUUUACCAGUGGACUGACUAACAAGACGGUCAUCGAAAUCGCCGCCAAAGGUUUCGAUUUCGCCGUUCGAUUCGGGCAGGCCAUGGCGAAGCUCGGAGAAGUCGGCGUAAAGACCACUGAAGAUCAAGGAGAGAUCAGAACUACAUGCGGACGAGUCAAUUUCAGUUGA